GUUUAGUUCAGUGAUCUACACAGUGUACAGUGUUACAGUGCUUUAUUAGGUUCGAUACUAACCCAUAGAAUUAGGGUUCCACAUCAACAAUGACUCCACAACGGCGACUAUGUGGCCUCAGGCUGGGUUCCGUGGGACUGCUCACUGUAUUCUUCUACUUAAUAGACCGAUCCAUAGCUGCUCUAGACGGCUAUAUUCCCGGCGAAGACUACCCGGUGUACACAGAGGUGCCCCAGGGCCUAUCUUUCACAUGUGAUGACAAGAUUCCAGGGUACUAUGCUGAUCCGGAGACUAUGUGCCAGGUUUGGCACUGGUGCGUCCCGAGUAUCGGCGGGAACGUGAUGUACUCCUUCGUCUGCGGAGCUGGCACAGUCUUCAACCAGAAGACCAGGGUCUGCGACUGGUUCUUCAAGGUGGAUUGCCCCAACGCGCCAGCCUUCUACGGCAUCAACGAAGACCUGUAUAAGGACGAGGCUGGAAACUACAUCAAUGGCAAAAAGGGCAAUUCAUACAACAAUAUUUACGACAAACGACGACUGACUGCCAGACGCAAACGACACGAGCACGCGACGAGACGGACACGACAUUCUGACAACAAUGACAUACAAGUUAGAAAAAAUAAAACUUUGACAAAAUCUAGCUAAAGACCACAGUGUAUAGGAGACUGUAUUGACUGACUGUUUUAAUUUUUUUGUUGUUAAAAGAGAGUGUAAUAUAUUGGUGAAUAGGGUAAAUGACUAAUUU